CGAUAAAUGAGGGAUCAGUGCUGAGAUAGCGUUAGAGCCCUUGGAUCUCAACAGAAGCCAUCAGCGCAAAGCACUCCCUCAUCACAGCAUCGCACACCUUCGCUUCCCCUGCUCCAAUUCCUUUCCUCCACUUGCCCUCCUCCGCAGCCGUCCGAUCUAUUGGUACCAGUACGAGGUUAGCCGGCAAAAAAUUCGAUCGAUCCUUCCAUCCUAUUCCUUGGCCGUGGAUCCAUAAUAUCAGGCGUCGCUCUCCCCGCCCUCGUUUUCCACACCCUCUCCUACCUCUCGACUCUCUCUCUCUCUCUCUCUGUCUGUCUAUUUCGCUCGCUUUGUCUCUAGCUCUGGCUUUGGUUCUGAUUCGAUAAUGAAUAUGAAUACGACAAGCAUGAGCGAGGUUCAGAUGAAGGUGGCCCAGGCCGUCCAUGUGCUCAACCACGACUCCCAGUCUUGCAAUCGCGUCGCGGCCAACCAGUGGCUUGUCCAGUUCCAGCAGACGGAUUCCGCUUGGGAGGUCGCCACCUCCAUCCUCACCGCCCCCGCUCCCUUCCCCGCCCACUUCGAGGUCGAGUUCUUCGCCGCCCAGAUCCUCAGGCGCAAGAUCCAGAACGAGGGGUACUACUUGCCAUCAGGGGUCAAGGACGCUUUGCUCCAUGCUCUCCUCGUCGCUGCUCAGCGCUUCAGCUUGGGCCCUCCUCAGCUCUUGACCCAGAUAUGCCUGGCGUUGUCAGCCCUUGUUUUGCGAUCGAUUGAGCACAAGAAACCCAUUGUGCAGCUCUUUUCCAGCCUCCAUCAGUUGCAGGUUAAUGAGGAUGGGAAUGUUGCUUUGCUGGAGAUGCUCACGGUACUGCCAGAGGAGGUGGUGGAAGACCAUAAUGGUGAUAGAAAUAUUGAUGCAGCUAGUAGAAGCCAAUUCACUAGAGAGCUUCUCUCACACACUCCUACUGUGCUCGAGUUCCUACUGCACCAAUCUAAGCAAAGGCUUGAUGAUGGCAGGCAACUGCAUGAUAGGAACCGCAAGAUUUUGAGAUGUUUGCUUAGCUGGGUGCGCGUUGGUUGCUUCUCGGAGAUUUCUUCCUCUUCACUUCCAACACACCCUCUUCUCAACUUUGUGUUCAACUCUUUACAGGUGUCAUCUUCAUUUGAUGUUGCCAUUGAAGUUCUCAUUGAGCUUGUAAGCCGGCAUGAGUUGCAUUCGCAGGGUCUACCACAGGUUUUAUUGUCCAAAAUACGGUAUCUUAAGGAAAUGCUUCUUCAUCCAGCUCUUGCUAAUGGAGAUGAGAAAGUAAUUAGUGGGAUUGCAUGCUUGUUGUCAGAAAUAGGGCAAGCAGCCCCAGCAUUGAUUGCAGAAGCAAGUACUGAUGCCCAUGUGCUUGCCGAUGCAGUUUUGAGUUGUGUUGCAUUUCCAAGUGAAGAGUGGGAGAUAUCAGAUUCAACCUUGCAGUUUUGGUGUAGCCUAGCAAGUUACCUCCUUGACAUAAACAAGGCCAAUAAUGGAAGAGUGGUGGAGGAGAUGUUUUGCCCAGUAUUCUCAGCAUUGCUCGAUGCACUCUUACUGCGUGCUCAGGUUGAUGAUUCUACAUUCGGUGGCAAGACAGGAGCUCUGGACAUACCUGAUGGACUUACUCACUUCAGGAUGAAUUUAGAGGAGCUUUUGAUAGAUAUUUGUCAGCUUUUAGGAUCUAAAAGAUUUGUGCAGAAGCUGUUUUCUGGUGACUGGGCCAGUGCAGAUAAUUUAAUUCCUUGGAAUGAGGUGGAAACUAGAAUGUUUGCUCUAAAUAUGGUUGCAGAGACAGUUUUACAAGAGGGCCUUCCAUUUGAUUUCUCUGUAAUUGUGCGAUUGGUGGUGAUUCUAUCAAGUUUAGGGCCUGAAGAGCUCAAGGGCUUUGUAGCCUUUGUCUACAAGUCAGUAGCUGAUGUUGUUGGCUCAUAUUCCAAGUGGAUAUUAUCCUUCCAAAAUAACAUUAGGCCAUUUCUUCUGUUCUGUGCCUCUGGGAUCACAGAGUCAGUGUCCUCAAGUGCUUGUGCCUCAACCUUGCGUAAGCUUUGUGAAGAUGCUUCUGCUGUUAUUCAUGAGCCACAGAACCUGGAAAUCCUUAUAUGGAUUGGAGAGGGCUUGGAGAAGAGGAAUUUGCCAUUAGAAGAAGAGGAGGAAGUUGUUACAGCAGUAACCCUUAUCCUUAAUUCUGUUCCCAACCAGGAGCUGAAGAAGAAUUCCUUGGCGAGGUUGCUUUGUUCCAGCUAUGGAGCAAUUGAGAAACUUAUAGAUACAAAUAGUGGAAAUUCUCUGAGGCAAAAUCCUGCUGCUUAUACCCAGGCUCUAAAUUCUGCUGUCAGAGGUCUAUAUAGGAUGGGAACUGUUUUCGGACAUUUGGGAGCUUCUCACCAUGCUGAUCAUGUUGAAGAUGAUACUGUUUUAGCUCUUCUAGGUGUAUUUUGGCCACUUCUGGAGAAGCUUUUUAGGUCGAGUCAUAUAGGGAGUGGCACUUUAUCUGCAGCUGCUUGCCGAUCACUUUCUCAGGCCAUUCAUAGCUCAGGCCAGAAGUUUCUGAUGUUGUUGCCUAAAGCACUAGAUUGCCUUUCCACCAACUUUUUGUUAUAUCAGAGUCAUGAAUGCUAUGUGAGGGCAGCUGCAGUUGUCAUUGAAGAAUUUGGUCACAUAGAAGAUUAUGGAUCUUUAUGCAUUAGCACAUUUGAGAGGUUUACUAAAGCAGAAUCGGUAACUGCUCUCAAUUCCUCUUACAUAUGUGAUCAAGAACCCGAUCUUGUGGAAGCUUACACCAACUUUACAUCUACAUUUGUUCGCUGCUGUCCUAAGGAGGUUGUUGCUGCAUCUGGUCCAUUGCUUGAGUUAUCCUUUCAAAAGGCUGCUAUUUGCUGUACAGCCAUGCAUCGUGGGGCUGCUCUAGCAGCUAUGUCGUACAUGUCUUGCUUCCUGGAGGUCUGCCUUACUUCCAUCUUGGAGUCUUCAGCUUGCAUUGUAGAGGGAUCAUUGAGUGCUGUGCUAAUUCAAGUUUUGUCACGCAGUGGCGAAGGGCUCAUAUCUAAUGUGGUAUAUGCUCUCCUUGGUGUCUCAGCAAUGUCAAGGGUCCAUAAGUCUGCUACAAUCUUACAGCAAUUGGCAGCAUUGUGUAGUAUUGUUGACAGAACAAGCUGGAAAACAAUUCUUUGCUGGGACUCCUUGUGCAGAUGGCUUCAAUCAACAGUUCAAUCUUUGCCUUCAGAGUAUCUUAAACAGGGAGAAGCAGUCACUUUAGUCCCGCUAUGGUUGAAAGCCCUUGCAAGUGCAGCAUCAGACUACCUUGAGAGCAAGACCUCUGAUACAGCCAGAAGUGAUCAUGGGCAUAUGCAAGGGAAAGGUGGGAGAACAUUGAAACGAAUCAUCAGGGAUUUUGCCGACACCCAUCGCAACGGCCCUAAUCUCACAUGAUGCCUGUAUAGCAACCCUGCAUUCAGUGGUCCGUUAACCAGUUGCCCGGGUUGCUGACCUACGUAACGUGAAUUGUACAUUGGAGUCCUGUUUUGACCAUCAGUUUCAGAAUCCGGCAGCUGCCUCAGUGGCCUCUUUCUUGUGAUUAUAUUGUACAGUCCAUUCAAGUUCGUCAAAUUUUGCCCCCUGUGCAUGAUUUAAAUAGCCCGGUAAUAGUCAAACGCAAAUGUAGGACAGCGCCUGCUCAUCAAACAAACCGUCAAUCGUGACCCUAUAUUUAUUGAGGUUUGUCUGCCUUCAAAGAGAGGUGAAGAAGCAACUCAUUCGAAGACUAGGUUUGCAAGUCAACGCCCAGCAAACCUGGUGAUGGUCUACUUGGGCCGUGAAUGAUUUUUAUCAUACAAUUGGUGUAAUAAGAAAAUUUUGUUCAUAUGUUAUCACAUAUGAUGCCAUGCUUAAUCCUUCUGAUGGUUAAAGCUCCAGAAGGUCUAAUUUUUGGAAUAAUUGCAAUUGAUUUUGUAAUAUAUUCAUGUGGGUUGUGUGUUUGGAAUCUAAAUUUGU